UAGGAUUUAGCUGACCAAUGACUAAUGCUUUUUUCAGCUGAGAGGGCCAAUGAGAGUUGGGGAAGGCUAGGACAACAAGGUGUGUCUGGUGGGCCACUUUGUAUGCAGUAAAAUGCAUAUGUCCUUGUAUCAUACGUGAAACUGGAACGUGUGAGGUAGGUUCAUUUUAUGAUUUUCAGUGGAUAUUCCGAGUGAAGAAGCAGUAAUACUCAAACUGUUCAGAAGAAUGGUUUCUCUGAGGCCCUUUUUACCAUUUGUGGUGUAUCUAGUAUUCCCAUCCUUGCUUAUAGAAGCAAAGAACACUAAAUUAGAAGAGGUGUUCCACUGGAACCUUCUGGAUUUCGAUUAUCCUGAUGAUACAUCACGAAGCAAUUCCAUCGAGUCCAAGCAAUUUAUACCAGAAAAUAAUCUACCAUUAGGUCUUGAAGUCUGGAAUGACAAGCUGUUUGUUACAGUUCCUCGCUGGAAGUCUGGAGUUCCUUCAACACUCAAUUACGUUUCUUUGAGCGGUGAUAACAAAUCUCCAAAACUGAUACCGUAUCCUGACUGGAAUAGUAAUCAUUUACCAACAGGUAGAACUGAAGAAGGAAACGUCACUGAGAAUGGAAUUCACAUUAUCUCAGUGUUCCGUGUGAGAGUGGACGCAUGUGACCGCCUAUGGAUGUUAGAUACAGGCCUGAAUGAUGUGGUAGGAGAAGCCCAGCAACUGCAGGAUCCUCGUAUACUGAUCUAUGAUCUUCGCAAUGAUUCCUUAAUUCAUAGUUAUACAUUAAAAUCAUCCCACAUAAAGGAAGAUUCAUUUUUUGCUAACAUCAUUGUUGAUGUAGAUACAAAUGACUGUGAGGGAGCUUUUGCUUAUAUCCCAGAUCUUGGUGGUUAUAGUCUCAUAGUUUACAGCCUUAAAGGUGAUGAGUCUUGGAGGGUCAAACACCAUUACUUCCAUUUUGAUCCCCUGAAUGGUAAUUACAGUGUUGGUGGAGUCAACUUCCAGUGGGUAGAUGGAGUAUUCUCUUUAGCCCUUUCUGCUCCACAUGAUGAUGGAUUCAGAACUGCAUACUUCCAUCCACUCUCCAGUACAAACGAAUUUUCUGUUUCCACUAAAGUUCUUCGCAACAAAACCCUUGCAACUGACCCUCACAACUUUGAAGAAUUCAAGUUACUAGGUUCCCGAGGUCCACAUACACAAGCAGGUGCCUCAUUCUUGGAUGAACAAAGCAGUGUAGUAUUCUACACACAAGUAAACCUCAAUGGAGUGGGAUGCUGGAACUCCAAGAGCAAAGAGUACAGUCCUGAAUACCAACAUCUUGUGACCUCUGAUAAUGAGACCUUUAUCUUCCCUAAUGAUCUUAAGGUUGACCGUGGAAGCAACUUGUGGGUACUGAUUGAUCGCUUGCCAAUAUUCAUUUAUAGAGGUCUUGAUCCUGAGAGUAUAAAUUUUUACAUUUUCAAGGGCUCUGUUAAGGAAAUCAUUAAGGACACUAUUUGUGAAAAAAAUUAAAGCUGAAUUAUUCACUGCAGCACAUGUACUGAUAUUCACAAUGAACUGAAAAAAAAAAAAAAAUGUAUAUAUAUACAUAUAUUAUCAAUAAUUUGAAAUAAACCGGAUAUUUGUACUACAUCUAGAAUGUUCGCUAUUGGUUUCUGUAACUCUGUAUGUCGAUUCUUUGUCCUUUUUAACAUUUAUGUUUUUGUUAACCUUUAUUCUUCUAUUGUAAGAGGUUUGGAUUUAGUAUAUCUGGGUUUAAUCUCAUAUGUCACUCUUCUCUGAUAAAUGAAUAGAAUUAAAUAUUUCAAUGAGUGGUUACGUAAAUAAUAACUAUUUCUAUAACUUUCUUCUGGUCUGGCUACCUUUUUUUGUUCAAGCAUUCAUCUUAUUCCCACAUGCUAUUAUCAAUGCUCCUUUAUUAUUUUGUGUUUAUGUUACUUGAGCCACAAUCACAUACUUCUCGUUUUGAAGCUCAAAGGAAAUAAGGUGUAUAAGGGUUUUGAUGUUAUUAUGUGUUUUGAUUAAAAUAUGAAUUCUUGUACAGUUUAUUCAACCUACUUUCAGAGAACAAAGAGUAGUAUGGUAAAGUAAA